CAACAAAUAGAUACAAAGAUGGAUGACUCGAUAAAACCAGCUCCAUCAAUCACGCCCCCAUUAAUUAUUGUGCCAGAUGGCGAGAAUGCUACCCCAGGGGUCUCCAGUCAGCCUCAUCCCCGCCGAAAUAGAAGCCAGUUGAGUUGCACACACUGUCGCCACGCAAAAUUAAAAUGUGACCGCAACCAACCCUGUUUGCAAUGUGUAAAAAGGGGACGAGGGUCCCAAUGCACUUUUCCAGCACCUGUUGCCAAGAGGAAGCCGGCGGCAAGUAUGCAGAAUAGGUUGAAGCACCUCCAAAGUCUUCUGAAAGACGUAAUGGCUGGCCAGGCCCCUGCUGGACAGCCAACUCCUCCCAGUGAAGGGCAUGGCGACGGAAUAGCGAGUAAUAUUGACCCAGCGCUUUCUGGAGAUAUUCACAAUGACUUUUCACAAACGAUAAGUCCCGAUGUGAAAGAUGGGCUUCAACCCUCUGCAGGCCAGGUACUUCUCGGCACAAAUCAGACAACCUAUGUUGGGGCUACUCAUUGGGCAGCGAUUUUAGACGAUGUUGAAGAAAUGCAUAGCUACUUUGAGGAGACCGAGGAGGCCGACUACAUUGUUGAUGAUAGCACCCGCCCAGAUAUGUCACUUCUAUUCAGGCCAGGCUCCCGUGUUACCAAGCUCGAACUCAUAGCAGCUUUACCUCAGAAGGGAGUUGUUGAUCGGCUUGUUUCCCGUUACUUUAAUUCAAACAGCCCAGCUAUACAUAUUAUUCACCGCCCAACGUUCCUGAAAGAGUACAAUAGAUUUUGGGCCGAUCCGUCCAGUACUCCAGUCAGCUGGCUAGGCCUGCUAUACGCAUUGAUGUGCCUUGCAACUCUUGCAGCGCUCGGAGCUGGAGAAGGUAAUACUGAUACGCGCGGAACACCAACAGAAAUGAUUCGCACCUAUCGCGGUUGUUCGGCUCAGUGCCUUGUUCUUUCCAACUACUCCCAGCCCGGGGCUUACACCCUUGAAGCGCUUUUGAUUUAUAUUGAAGGGGAAUUUGUCUUGAGUAACGACGAUGUGGGGAUGCCGUAUUUGCUUAUUGGUAUUGCAGUGCGCCUAGCCUUGCGUAUGGGUCUUCACAGAGACCCAGCAAACGUUGGGGGAAGCUUGACACCUUAUCAAGGCGAGAUGCGACGACGUCUCUGGCAUAUCCUUAUUCAAGUUGAUUUAUUAUGCAGCUUCCUCCUUGGCCUACCUGUUAUGACCCAGGCGAUCGAGAGCGACACGGCAUACCCACGGAAUUUAAAAGAUGAAGACUUCGAUGAGAACUCAACGGAACUACCACCAUCCCGACCGGAAACGGAAAUUACACCAUUGUCGUACACCAUUUGCAAGAGCAGAAUAUGUGAAGUCUUUGGAAAGGUGGGCGUGCUUGCCAACCGUAUGUCUCUGCCAUCGUAUGAUGAGGUUAUGGCCUUGGACACGGUUCUUCAGGAAGCCGAAGCUGGUGUACCGGAAUUCAUGCGCCUGAAACCCUUAGAACUAUCAAUUACCGAUCCUGCUGCAAUUAUCAUCCAAAGAUAUAGCAUUGCUUUGCUAUUACAAAAGAGUCGGUGUAUGCUACAUCGGAAGUACAUCGCGACAGAAUCUUAUUCCAAAAAAGUUGCUGUUGAUGCGGCAAUGGAGCUGCUUUCAUAUCAAUCAUCCAUUCAUCAAGCCGCUCUCCCUGGAGGGCCAUUGGCUCUGAACAGGUGGUUCCUUUCGUCCCUAUCAGUCCACGAUUUCCUUCUUGCCGGGAUGAUAGUAUACUCUAGCCUCACUCAAUUGGCGAAAGAGAGUCCCAGCAGUGAAUAUAACAGUUCAUUAGACGAAUCACAACCAUCCCGUGAUGAGAUGGUUGCUGCUCUCCAGAAAUCACAUGCCGUCUGGAUUGACACAGAAUCUAUGUCGGCUAAUGCGGAGAAAGGAUCCAGAAUUCUUGGUGCCAUGAUGAAGAACGCUAAUUUGGCUCCUGCUGGAUGUGUCCUUAAUAAUGCUAAUGCUCCAGUUGACGGUAUGGAAAGGGCCUCAGCGAUGCCUGAUAGGCCAUAUUCCAUCUCGGAAUUAUCACUCAAUGACUCAAUGGCAUCUGUUUUACCAACUGCUACCGACGGGAAUCAACCAUGGAACUUCGACCCCUCCAAUAAUAUGAUGCAGGCUUCAGAGUAUGGGCUACAAUCCAACUUGGGCUCUGUAUCCACGCCUUCGGAACCCCUGCAAACAAUAUUAGAUUCGCCUGGAAAUUUCGACUGGGAAACCUUCGACAGCCACGUCUGGCCAGGACUACCACAAAAUGCCUCGGACCAAGUAUGGCCUGACCUCGACUUCAAUUAUCAGAUGUAAAUAAUGACGACAAUUGCAAUCUAUAACCACACCCGCAGAAAAGAUCCCCCCUCCAUAUAUUACAUAUUCCCCUUCUAGAGGAAAUCCUUAACCUCACGAUCACAGUACUUCAUGAACUUCUCUUUGGCACCAGUCCCACCCUCGGCCUUGCUCUUUAGGCCUUGAAUAAUAUCCUUCGGGAGUUCUGCGAUCCGUCCCCAGGCCAUCAUGUGCCCACCAUUGUGCUCGGCCUUGAUCUCUGGUGAAAACCCAGCAUAAAGCUCUGAAUAUGCGCCAAAUACUGGUGGCGAUCUAAAAAGGAGAGACUGCAGUUCAGUGAUAGUCAGCAUAUAUCAGCUAUAUUUGUGGUCGAACUUACCAUAGCCACUCGUGUGAAGGGGCCCCAGUUUCGCUGGAGUUCGGUCUUCAUUAGUCCGGGAUGUACGCUCUGGGUUUUGGUCAGCUAAUUGGAGUCUUCUCAAAAUCUGGCCUGCUUACGAUGCUCAAUACGCCCUUGCUUCCGAGUCGAUUUGAAAACUCAUCCGCGAGCCAAGCAGCCCCGGCUUUACUCUGCAAAUAGUUGCCCAUAAACGGCUUCUCCAAUAUCACUGGAGUGCCAUCUUUUUCGAAUUUCAUGGCGCCGGGUAGCGUUCCCCCCUGAAGGAGCGACACCACCCAGACAAUGCGCACGCUAAGAGGCUGCGUCGCAGACGCAGUGGCGGUGCGGCUAAUGAUGGGUUCAAGGAGAAUAGUCAGGACAUAUGGUGCGAGACAGUUUGUUCCAAAUUCAAGGUCGUGACCCUGGCGGCAGUCUUUGUCAGCUUGACAUGAAAGAUAACAUAUAAGGUUACUCACAUGCUUGUUUUUGCUCCCAGCUGGCGGAGUCAUAACGGCGGCAUUAUGCACCAACACAUCCAGUCGACUCUCCACCCUCAUAAAUUUCUCCGCGGCCGGCUUCAAGGUCGUCAUAUCAGCCAGAUCAACGACCAUGCUCUUCAACUCGCCAUUCUUAUUUGCACUAGCUCCAGUUUCCAGCUUGAUCUUUUUAAUGGCUCCUUCACACCUUGGUGUUGAGCGUGCGGCGAUGUACACGGUUCCUCCCGCCACAUAUAGGAUCUUGGCUAGCUCAUAGCCUACGCCAGAAGCGCCACCAGUGACGAUAUAAACUUUUCCCUUCAAAGAGGGAAGAUUCUUGUCCGUGAAUUUUGGUGCGGGAGGGAAGAACGCCGAGAAUUGUGAUAUCUGAGGCAUUGUGGAUGGGAUAUAUCGUGGACGAGUCGAUGGAAUUGGCUGGGAAUUGGCUGAAAAAACGUUGCAAUAAAUUAGCCAAGGGGUGAUAGAAGCUUUUGGAAAGGCGGGUGUAAUUGAGGCUAUGGAAUAAGAGUCCUACCAUGAGGCGGGUCUCCUUGAUUUAUAUACAAUUCUCAUUUUCACUCAUCCUCACCCGGAAGUUAUGAGACUCCGCUCCCUCGUGACAUUUCGGUGUUUUGACUCCACCGAGAGGGUGAAGCGGCCGCAAAAAGAUUGCAACAUAACUAGGAACUGCGGCCGCGUCCGCUAGCUUGUUGUCACAUAGUAUCUCCGCCGUUGACGUUCUGGUUAUGAAAUUCUCCUUUGGUGGGCAAAUUGUAUGCGAUCACGUGACAUUGCGGCUUGACGGAGGAUGUGGUUGUUGUUUAAAUCCGGUCGGAAAAACAGAUCGGAAAAUCGUUGUUCCGGAAUCCGGGCCAACGACAACGGACUUAUGAAGCCCCUCAGGUACCAAGUCUAUGAGGUGUCCCGUGCUAGAAGAAGAAAUAAUAACGAACGUGGAGAAAGUGGACGCGAUUGCUUGCUAUUAAUUUUAGAAUGAAAGAUGGACCUAUUCAUUGUUAUUCUCUAGGUUCUAUACCCUCUGGUUUAAGUGUUUGCCUACCUAUUUUUAUUAUUGCCAUAAUAUUUAUUCUCACAUUUCAAGUUCUUAAUAAUAAAAUAUCCAACAUCUUCAAACGAACAUAUAC